GAAGUGAGGAGCGGCUGCGCCGAGGUGGGGGCUGCCGCGUUUGCUGUGGGGUGGGAGAGCUGCAGUAUGACGCCCUCCGGGAGUCCCGUGGCUCCCGUGGCAAUGAUGCUGCUCUUGCUUUGGGGAACUCCUUGGACCCACGGGCGGCGGAGCGACGUGCGCAUCAUCACGGACGAGAAUUGGAAAGAGUUGCUGGAAGGAGAGUGGAUGAUAGAAUUUUACGCUCCAUGGUGUCCUGCUUGUCAGAAUCUUCAACCGGAAUGGGAAAAUUUUGCUGAAUGGGGAGAAGAUCUUGAAGUCAAUGUUGCAAAAGUGGAUGUCACAGAGCAGCCAGGGCUGAGUGGACGAUUUAUCAUAACUGCUCUUCCUACUAUUUAUCAUGGUAAAGAUGGUGAAUUUAGGCGCUAUCAGGGCCCAAGAACUAAGAAGGACUUCAUAAACUUUAUCAGCGAGAAAGAGUGGAAGAGUAUUGAACCUGUUUCAUCAUGGUUUGGUCCAGGUUCUGUUCUGAUGAGCAGUAUGUCUGCACUCUUUCAGCUUUCUAUGUGGAUCCGGACUUGCCAUAACUAUUUUAUUGAGGACCUUGGAUUACCAGUUUGGGGAUCAUAUGCAGUUUUUGCUUUAGCAACUUUGCUUUCAGGACUACUACUAGGACUUUGUAUGAUAUUUGUGGCAGAUUGCCUUUUUCCUUCAAAAAGGCGCAGACCACAGCCAUACCCUUCCAAAAAAUUAUUACCAGAAUCUUCUCAACCUUUGCAAAAAGUGGAGGAGGAACAAGAGGAUGAUGAAGAUGAUGUUUCAGAAGAGGAAGCAGGAAGUAAAGAAGGAACAAACAAAGACUUUGCACAGAAUGCCAUACGACAACGUUCUGUGGGUCCUUCAUUGGCCACAGAUAAAUCCUAGUUGGUUUUUAUUAAUACCAUAAUAUUAUUUUGGCAAAAAGAGAAGAUUGAACAUUUCUUUUGGUUUGAAGUAAACUGUGACAUGCUUGUACAUUGCAGGGUUCAGUCUAGAUUGUCAUUAGAUUGAACAGACUACCUUCAGAAAAUAAAAGUAGCACUAUGUAAAAAUGCAUAAAAAUGUUUGAAAUAGGAUUUAAGAAUGGCAGUGAUGGUUUAAACAAUUCUUUAAUUUUUUGAAAAAUCUGGUGCCAAGCAAUAAGAUUUCAGUAUGUUUGUUUAAUAAUCUGUUUCAAGUUUUCUGAGUUGAAAAAUUACAUUUCCCAAAUACUGCAUUAUUGAGGUAGUUAAGGAGAUUACUUUGGAGAAAAAGAUUUCUCAUUUGGUGUAAUUUUUCUCAGUUUCACUGUGUGAAAAAAAGAACAUAUUUCCCAUAAAUGGGAACUUUGCCCAUUGUCUCAAGAAAUGUGUAUUUCAGUGACAACUCUGGUGGUUUUAGAGAUAGAGCCCAAAAUUUCAUCAUAUUUUUAGAUUAUGCAACUAAUAAAAACUACCUUGCUUAA